GCAGUCUAACAAAAUGGCAGCCUCCAUGAGAGUGUUUGCUGCAAGUUUAGUUCCACGAAUCCACUUGAAUCUGUUGUCACCAGCUUCCACUCCAUGUCGCACCAGAUGUAUAAAUCAGAAGAACAUUCACAAAGCUGUAGCUCCUGCUUUGGGUUCAUCACCACAGACCACACCCAUUAGAUGUGUCACCUCUGCACCCUUGACAGGCCUUACCUCUGCACCCCUCCACCAGCCCGCUGCCCUUCAGCAGGGUCCUUGCAGAGGUGAUGAGCUCUCCAGGAUAUGCUCCAGACUGACUGGUCUAAGUCUCAAAGCCCCAGGUCCAGGUCCCAUUGGAGGUCAGAUCCAGACAAGAUCCUUCUCGAGUUUGAUUUGUAGCAGGUACACUGGAGGAUUCAGCAACAAAGAAAUCAGUACAAACCAGAUGAUGGUCACGUCUCCAGUGUUAGCCCAUCAGCCCCACAGGACAGUGGUACGAUACAGUAUCAGCAAAGGCAAGAAGAAGACUGUUCACGCAGUGAUUGACAGAUUCUACAGACUUGACUGUGGUCUGUGGGUGAGACCGCAAUCGGGAAGGGCCAAGAAACUGUGGAAGAAAACACCAAGACGCAGGUACCGACUGAAGCAACACGUCUUCUGCAACAAGACCCAGUCUAAGAUGCUGGACAGGAUGACCUCUGGCUUCUGGAAGAAGAGGCGUCAUUACCUUGAUGACCCCUUUGAACAGUAUCAUGAGCGGCACUUCGAUGUCAUCCUACCUGGCAGUAAUGUUAAAGGACAAUAGAGACUUAAUGGAAAUCAUUUAUCAGGCGGAUGGAUAGGGGAAAGAAGAUCUGGUACCAUUACCUCAAUAAAUCUUUCGAACAGUGCCAUCAGAGGCACUUCGAUGUCAUCCCUCCAGGCAGCAAUGCUAAAGGACAAAAGAGACUUACCAGAAAUCAUUUUUAAGGCAAAUGGAUAGUAGAAAGAAGAUCUGGCACCAUUACCUUGAUAAAACCUUUUUAACAGUAUCGACAGAGGCACUUCGAUGUCAGUAAGCCUCAGGGCGGUAGAGACUUAAUCAACAAAAAUGAUUCAUAUUAGGAGAAUGGAUACUGGAAAGAAGUUUCUGGAGUUACGAUUGAUCUGAAUCAAUCGCAAGACCCCCAAUCAAUCGCAAGUUUGCAGUCUCCUAUCUCUUAUGUACAUAGUUGCGAUUGAUAUCAACUCUAUGUAAGACAGGGCCCUGGUGCCACUUCCUGGAUGACACCUAGACUCUGAGCACUUAUGAGUAGUAUCAUCAGCUGCACCUUGAUGUGGUCCCUAUUAAUAAGCCUUGAUAGAGACCAAACCAACCGAUGGUUCAUGAGUAGACUGGGUAAAAAGAAGGACCGGUAACAGAUAUUUAAUGAUGAUGGAAGACGAAGACCACUUUAAACAGUAUCGCAAGCAACUUUUCGAUUGACCCCCAGGAACAGUAUCAUCGGCGCUUUAAUUUGAUCCCCUGAAAAUAAGCCCUAGAAAUAUCUUUUUCUUUAUUAAAGGGAAAG